AUGUCGAAGUACGUGACCAAAACAAAGAACCUCAUCCCCAGUGGGGCAACGGUCAAGGCGAGGGCGACCUCCCUCAGCGCGUGGGAGCUGCCCAAGCAAGACUCCGCUCUCGCACCCAAGGAUGUGUGGACCAAUGCGGAUAUGGACCCAGUCCCUCCAAAGUACCAGACAUGGACUUUGUGGACGUGGAUGGCCUACUGGGCAACCGACACUAUCAACUUGGGUACCUGGGAAACUGCCUCUUCUGUGAUUGCCGUGGGCCUGAACUGGCGCGACGCAAUUCCCAUCAUGGUUGUCGGCACCAGCUGCGUGGCUGUCCCUAUGGUCCUCAACGGUGCUAUCGGCGCUAAACUGCACAUCCCCUUCUCGGUCAUCGUCAGAUCUGGCUUCGGAUAUUACUUUGGUUACUUCUGCAUCGUCUCUCGAGCCAUCUUGGCCAUGUUCUGGCUUGGUAUUCAAGGGGCCAACGGUGCACAGUGUAUUACUCUCAUGUUGACCGCCAUCUGGCCGUCGUACGCGCACAUCAAGAAUCACCUCCCCAGUGAUGCCGGCAUUACGACGCAGGGAAUGAUCAGCUAUUUCCUCUUCUGGAUAAUUCAGCUUCCGCUGUUGCUGAUCCCUCCGACGAGGCUUCGUUAUCUUUUCAUAAUCAAACUCGUCGCUGCGCCCAUCACUGCAUUGGCUACUCUCGGCUGGAUUGUCCACAAGGCAGGAGGAGGCGGUGCCAUCUUCUCCCUCCCCGAAACGGUCCACGGCAGUCGACGCGCUUGGCUCUGGCUGCAAUGCAUGUCCUCGGUCACAGGAUCUUGGGCCACACUGGCUUGCAACAUCCCUGAUUUCAGCCGCUAUGCGAAGACCUCCCGUGGCCAGUAUAUUCAGCUGCCAUUCCUUCCGGCGAUUUUCACCGUUUGCGGUGUAAUGGGUAUCGUCACCACAUCCGCAUCCAAGGUCGUUUACGGAGAGUUUCUGUGGAACCCAUUGGAUAUCAUCCAACAUUGGCUGGGCAGUCAUGGUGGUCGGGCCGCUGCAUUCUUUGCCGCGCUCUCGUGGUACGUUGCCCAAGUCGGCACGAACAUCACGGCAAACAGCAUUUCUGCCGCAAAUGAUUUGACAGUCCUUUGCCCGAAAUACAUCAACAUCAAACGUGGUUGCGUCAUCGCCGCCCUUGUUGGUGGCUGGGUCAUUGUCCCCUGGAAGAUUCUCAGCUCUGCAACGACCUUUUUGGCUUUCAUGGGUGGCUAUGCCGUCUUCCUCGCACCCAUGGCCGGAAUCAUUGCCUCCGACUAUUGGAUCGUCAAGCGACAACAUAUUGAUGUACCUGCUCUAUAUGAUCCUCGCGGCCGAUACCGAUACAACGCUUGGGGCAUUAAUUGGCGAGCAAUGCUCGCUUUUCUGCUCGCCAUCGGCCCUUGCCUGCCCGGUUUGGCAUGGAGCAUCAACAGCAAUUCUCGCAUCACCACGGGGGCACAACAUCUGUAUUCUUUUGAUUGGCUCUAUGGAUUUGUGACCAGCAUCUUCGUCUACUCGGUAACCAGCUACAUCUGGAAACCGACCAACCAAAUCGUGCCGCACACUGUCUACGGCAUUCCUCAAGACCCCGACGAGGAAGAAGCUUACGAGGAAGCAUAUGACGAGAAGGUGCUCAGGAGGGAUAGUCUCGUGGGCAAUCCCAAAAGCUUUGCCAAUGUAGGUGGCAUCGACAACAUGGGCAGCGCUCUUCACUUCAGAAAGUCUGUUGACGAAACUGCCAAGGAGAGCAUUGAAGUGAGACGAGCCAGUAGGGCAAGUCAAGGUGGUCAAGGACCGCACGAGCCUGGCACCGUCCCUGCUCAUCUCAAGGGUGUCGACCCGGAUGUGUUGAACGAGAAGGUUUAA